CCAGUACUUUAUGUAUAGUUGGUCACUUACCACGAGUGUGCUGUGUAGUGCGGUCGCUUUCUAUCGUAGCACGCGCGCGGGCGCGCAUGUCGAGCAUUCGAAUUCGCUGAUUCGGCGCGAGCUCUACAACCCAGUGUCUUUCGAAGCUGCAAUAGUGACCCCAAGUACAGUAGCGCAAGAUGCUGGGAGCGUCGAUAGCGAUUCUGCUGGCUAGUGUGGCCCUCGUGCAGCCUGCCGCGGUGGACCAGGAGCGCACGUGCUACGAUCCUCGAAGGGACUUGUAUCCGUAUUUCAGCACGAGGACCGCCUACGAGCGGGUUCACGGCAACGUUUCAAGGGCCGAGAGCUCUUGUGUUCCGAUGCAGAUAUGGGUGCUGUCGAGGCACGGAACUCGAUACCCCGGAAAGAAGGUGGUACCGCAACUCCUCGCUUUGCCAGCGAUGCGGGACCAGAUAGUGAAGAAUCACGAGAAAGGGGAUGGUCGUCUAUGCGACGAGGAUCUGCAGAAGUUGAAGAACUGGAAGCCAGAUCGGAACAUAAACAACGCGAUGGCUGAUUUGCUGGCGCCUCAGGGCGAGGAUGACCUUCAAUUCCUGGCGCAACGGUUGCAACGCGCGUUCCCUGAGCUGCUGCAGGUUGACGCGCGGAACGUUCAACCAGACGAUUACGUUUUCCGAUCAACGGACACGCAACGGACCAAGGAAAGUCUCAAGUCAUUCGCUCGCGGUCUCUUUGGUAGGAGCGAAGUUGCUAGGGUCAUGAAUAUACCCGUCAAUGAUACAUUGCUACAGCCGAACAAACACUGCCCCGCGUGGGACAAAAGCUACGACCCGAUUCUUACUAACGUCGAGCGCGACAAGUUUACCAGUGGCCCAGAGAUUAGGAGUUUAAUCCAAGGUGUAAGUCAGCGGCUUGGAUACGAUCGACCUUUAGAUUUUGAAAAAACCAUCAAAUCGAUCUACGAAAUGUGCCGCUUCGAGAGCGCCUGGUACGUGAAUCGCACGUCCGUCUGGUGCUCAGUUUUCAACAAAGAGGAGCUCAAGAUCAUGGAAUACCGCGAAGAUCUGAACUACUAUUACUGCUGCGGUCCUGGUCGCGAAAUAAGCGCAAAGGUCGGUUGUCCGCUGCUCAGCGACAUGUUUCAGCACUUCAAGCGUUUGGCAUCGGGAAGCACAAAUGAGCCCAAAGGCGUUUUCUACUUCGCACACACGAUGACUCUGCAAACAUUCCUGUCAGCCUUGAAAAUCGGCUAUGAACCACAGCCACCCCUAGCAUCGAACUAUGCCAGCUCUGCAAACCGCAAGUACCGCACUUCCAUCCUGGGACCGUUCGCUACCAAUGUUGUCGCCGUCUUCUACAGAUGUAACGGUGCCAAGCCUACGAACAAAGUGACCUUCCACGUGGCGGAACGACUGACGCCCCUAGUCAGCUGCAACGAAGACGGCACUUGUGACUGGGAAUCGUUGGAGCGCGAGUUCGAGGAUCAGGUCAAUAGCUGUGAUAUGGAAUUCUGCAACAAAAAACCUACGGACGAAGAGGAGAUGACUACCACGACGGAAAUUCCGACUACGACCACGAUGCCCGGUAAUGAAACCGAUGCGUCCGAUUCGGCAGCGGAGAGAACUUCGGAACAGAUUUUAACGUUGACGAUCGCUAUGAUUUUCGUCUCUACUAUAAUGAAUGGACUGUAGAUCUGUAUUACCUACAUGGCAAACCGUUUCUGUAAUAAAAAUUAUGAAGAUUAGGUGAAAGUUUCGGUGUGACGACGUGAGAUAUUUAGGGUAACAAAGAUUUGCGUUUAACACUUUUAAAGGAAAAGAUCUUGAAAAAUCGAAGGAUUACUGACUACUCUGUGGAACAGUUAGUAAUUUUGCGUGCUUUUUUUAGUGAUUCAUAUAGAUCUGUUUUAUGUAUACGAUAAAGAAAGUUGAACAUGACAUAAUGCUCUCCGCAUAAAAUGCUUAGGUAACAGUAUUAAAGUAAGCCAUUGUCAAAUACCCGCAAACGAUAGUUUUUAAUUACUUUUAUAAUGUUAAAAUAGUACUUUAUUACCACUAUAAAUCAUUUUUCCAGCGUAAAAUCCUAUACUAAAUGACCUUUUACUUAUUAUUAUUUUUUUGACAUUUUACGUGUUGAUAAUGAUUUUGAAAAAUAAAUGUUUUUUUUUCACCA